GAAUGACAUCAACAAAGGGAUCAACAUCGUCAGAGAAACCAACUGGGUUCAUGUCAGAAUACAUGUCAGACCUCAGUCAGUCACAAGAUCUGGAUUCGUUCCUGAAAAAGAAUCAGCCGACUUUUGACCCGAACAGCCAUAAAACUGCUUCAGCCUCAACAAGAAGCACGGAUACCAAUGAUGCACCUGCAAAUCAACAAGAAUCUUAUACACCAUCAUCAACAACAACAGCAGCAGCUUCUUCUUCAUCUUCCUCUUCAUCUACAUCAUCAAAACAAAAAAUGCUUGGAUCAAAGAUAUCAACUGAACCCUCACUGCUUGAACAUACGAUUCAUCAAAGGAAGGCGAUACAUGCAGCGGCACUUGAUAACUGUGCGGAUAUAAAUAUGGAACUCACAGAUUGUUUGAUGGGUCGAUCUGGCACAUGGUGGGAUCGAGCAUCCAUGUGUAUGAAAGCAAAAGAAACGCUUCAACUUUGCUGUCGACUCAACAAGGAUAUCCUACAGGAGAAAGGAUAUGCCAGAGAAGGAAACACACCAGAGCAAGAUCGUGCCAUUAUGGAUUAUGCAGAUGAUGAAGUACAAAAAAUCAUGAAAGAAGACAAGAAGACUUGAAGAGCUUAUUUUUGUAAACAGAUAGAGCUAGGCUGCGUUGCUUACUACAUCCAUUCGUGUUCAUGCUGUGAAGGAAGUAGAAGACAUUCAGGAAAAUAGAUGUUCACUCCUUAUUUUUUUCCAUCCAGCAUUUCACGAAUUUAAACUUGUCUAGUUUCUCCUGACACAUGUAAUACACAAAUAUCUCCGUGAACUUUUUUUAAAUUUUCCUAUCUGGAGAUCUCGUGCUUUCAUGACUACUACUGUCCUCUAUUGAAUAAAAAUAGCUGCUGUGCAC